CAAGAUGAGCCAACUGUAAUAACGAACCAAUCACAGCUUCAUCGGCGCUUCCUCAAUUCACAAUCAGAGCUAACUUAGCCUAUUAAGUUACCAAACCACCUAAUCCACACUUAAUGCCGAAGCUUUCUCUCUCAUCCUUCAUCACGAUUUACGCGUCAAAUCCACUCUGUUAGCCCCUCUCUCUCUCUCUCCGCAUACAAUUUCAUGUUCCUCAGACUUUCAAGAUCCCAACUUCGCUGCUGAUUCCUUGUCUGACCCACCACUAAUUCAUUAUCUUUUUAGUUCCCAACUCUCUUUCUUACUCUGUUGACUUGAUUUUUUGGCGUUGAUUGGUUAAGAGCCCCUGGUAUUCUUGUUAUUCAGCUUGGGAUAGCUCUAAAAGGGGGAAACUUGGCUUCUUUUCUUGGGUAAUUCAUUAACUUUGUAUAUGAGAAUUAUGUGUUUGAUGAAAUGUCUGAUCCAGUUUGAAUGUAUUUUUGAGUUUUUGAUUGGGAAUCAGGAAUGGCAAGCGAGCACCUUGAUAAAGAUGAGUUCAUCAAGGAGUUUCACAUCCCGAGAUCGUUGCUCGAGCAAGACACGAAGAUCCAAUGCUUGCCUUCUAAGCCCGAACACCCUGUUCUCGUGUUUAUCAACUCGAAAAGUGGUGGUCAGCUUGGAGGAGAGCUUAUUGUCACGUAUAGAUCCAUACUAAACAAAGAGCAGGUUAUUGACUUAGGAGAAGAAGCUCCUGAUAGGGUGAUUCGAAAGGUUUUUAUCAAUCUCGAAAGGCUGAAGAAUCGAGGGGAUGAGAAUGCUACUUGGAUUGAGGAGAAUUUGAGGCUAAUUGUCGCUGGUGGAGAUGGCACGGCCGGAUGGAUUCUUGGGGUUGUUUCUGAUCUCAAACUAUCUCACCCGCCACCUAUCGCUACUAUGCCUUUGGGAACUGGAAACAAUCUGCCAUUUGCAUUUGGUUGGGGUAAGAAAAAUCCAGGAACUGAUCGUGGCUCUGUGCUUUCGUUCAUGGAUCAAGUACGGAGAGGAGAUGAAAUGAAGAUGGACAGUUGGCACAUUAUGAUGCGAAUGAAAGCAAUACAAGAUUGUGCUCCGGUUGCUCCUCCUGAGUUGCCACAAUCGUUGCAUUCAUUUCAUCCCGUUUCUUCAACAGAUGACCUCAAUGUGGAAGGUUAUGAUACGUAUCGUGGAGGGUUCUGGAACUACUUCAGCAUGGGAAUGGAUGCUCAGGUUUCUUAUGCUUUCCACAACGAGCGCAAGCUGAACCCGGAAAAAUUCAAAAACCAGCUUGUGAAUCAGAGUACAUAUGCUAAGCUAGUAAGCACACAAGGAUGGUUUUUGCCUUCUCAUUUGAACCAUGCUGCAAGUAUUUCUCAACUUUGUAAGGUUAAGAUCAUGAAAAAGGAUUCUAAAUCUUCUGAUUGGGAAGACCUUAAAAUUCCUCACAGCGUCAGAUCAAUCGUGUGCCUCAAUUUACCCAGCUUUUCUGGAGGACUAAAUCCGUGGGGAAAUCCGAAUAGUCAUAAACGUCGUAAUAGAGACUUAACCCCGCCUUUGGUAGAUGAUGGCCUUCUUGAGAUUGUUGGCUUCAGAAACGCUUGGCACGGGCUUGUUUUGCUCGCUCCAAAUGGACACGGGACCCGCCUUGCACAGGCACACCGUAUCAAAUUCGAGUUCCAUAAAGGUUCAGCUAAAGAAACCUACAUGAGAAUCGAUGGAGAACCGUGGAAACAGCCUCUUCCAGAGAACGAUGAGACGGUUGUGGUAGAAAUCUCUCAUCUUCGCCAAGUGAAGAUGCUUUCCGUCCGUGGUUGUAGAGCCAGUAGUACUUCAGGCCCCCCGCCUCCAGAAGUUCACGACGUCGAUGAUAAGGAUAGUGAGAAGGAAGAUGAGGAAGUGAAGAAGAAGUUUGGUGCAGCAGACACUUUCAAGAUCCCAGAAGGGCUUGAUAUCUCCCAUUUCAGUUGAUAAUGUAAUUAGUCUUUGGUAAAAUCUGAUUAAUUUGGUAAAAUGCACAGAGUGUGUCAUUGUUAUUGAUCUUUGACUAGUGAUUUGGCUAUAUAAAGCUAAUUUGGUAUCUGUA